AUGAGCUCCAACACCCUGAAGCAAGCAGCGGACGCCGCGCGCACCAAGUCUUCCAACAUGGGCAAACAAAGCACCGAGACCGUCGCCGCCGUCAAGACCGACUUCCUCCAUACCCCUCUGAUGCGGGCUGCCCUGCCAUUCAUCAAUGGCGGUCUCUCUGGCAUGGUGGCAACAACUGUCAUCCAGCCAGUCGACAUGAUCAAGGUCAGGCUGCAGCUCGCAGGCGAGGGCGUUGCUACUGGUCCGAAACCCUCCCCUGUGUCAAUAACUCGAGACAUUAUUGCGCAGGGCAAGGUUCGCGACCUAUACACAGGACUUUCGGCGGGUCUCCUUCGCCAAGCCGUAUAUACCACAGCGAGACUGGGUUUUUUCGACACAAUCAUGAAGAAUUUGACGGCUCGUGCAAAAGAAAAGGGCACACAGAUCGGGUUCGCCGAGAGGGCAGGUUCAGGUCUUGUCGCUGGGGGUAUCGCAGCCUUCAUCGGAAACCCGGCCGAUCUCGCUCUCAUCCGCAUGCAGUCGGACGGCCUGAAGCCUCUCGCCGAGCGUAAGAACUACAAGUCGGUCAUCGACGCCCUAUCUUCGAUCGUGAAGUCGGAGGGCGUGACAGCGCUGUGGGCUGGCGCCACGCCGACAGUUGUGCGGGCCAUGGCGCUCAACCUGGGCCAGCUGGCGUGCUUCUCGGAGGCCAAGGCGCAGCUGAAAACGCGCACGACCCUGUCUCCCAAGGUGCAAACGCUGACGGCCAGCGCCAUCGCGGGAUUCUUCGCCUCCUUCUUGAGUCUGCCGUUUGAUUUCGUCAAGACGCGUCUGCAGAAGCAGCAGCGCGGACCGGACGGCAAGCUGCCGUAUAAGAGCAUGGCAGACUGCUUCGCCAAGGUCGCUAAGCAGGAGGGCCUGCUGCGCUUUUACCGCGGCUUCGGGACGUACUAUGUGCGCAUUGCACCGCAUGCCAUGGUAACCCUCAUCGUAGUCGACUAUCUCGGCUUCCUGACCAUAUAG